GCAACGGGAUCUUUUCCAAGAUUGUUACUGACAGUGAUUGUGUAAUAGCUCCACACUUUCUCUCCUAUCCAACAAUCGCUUGUCCUUUCGUCGUUUGAUAGUUGUACACAACAACGUAUAACAAGUAUCCAGAAAUAUCUAGUGUUGUUACAACGUGUGCAGUAGUGACCAUAACAUGCUUUCGAGCACGAGUACCAUUCCCAAGCUAGACGGCGAGGUCGUCACGCUCAGCGUCAUCAAGAAGCCCACCGAAACCAAGAAGAGACGCACCAAGAUUAUUUGUACCUUGGGACCUGCUUGUUGGAGCGAAGAAGGCCUCGGCCAGCUCAUGGACGCCGGCAUGAAUGUCGCUCGCUUCAACUUUUCCCACGGUGAUCACGAAGGACACGGAAAAGUCCUCGAACGUUUGCGCAAGGUUGCCAAGGAAAAGAAGCGCAACAUUGCGGUGCUCUUGGAUACCAAGGGUCCGGAAAUUCGUACGGGAUUUUUUGCCGACGGCAUCGACAAGAUUAACCUGUCCAAGGGAGACACGAUCGUACUGACCACGGACUAUGACUUCAAGGGCGAUAGCAAGCGUUUGGCGUGCAGUUACCCCACACUAGCCAAGUCCGUUACCCAGGGACAAGCCAUUCUUAUUGCCGACGGAUCACUCGUUUUGACCGUCUUGAGCAUCGACACGGCUAAUAACGAAGUGCAGUGUCGCGUCGAGAACAACGCUUCCAUUGGCGAACGCAAAAACAUGAAUUUGCCCGGAGUUGUCGUCGAUUUACCCACCUUCACCGAACGUGACGUCAACGAUAUCGUCAAUUUUGGUAUCAAGAGCAAGGUAGACUUUAUCGCUGCUUCUUUUGUUCGCAAGGGAAGUGACGUGACCAACCUGCGCAAGCUCCUCGCCGACAAUGGCGGUCCACAGAUCAAAAUUAUUUGUAAAAUUGAGAAUCAAGAAGGCCUCGAGAACUACGGAGACAUUCUGGAGCACACGGAUGCCAUCAUGGUGGCCCGCGGUGAUCUCGGUAUGGAAAUUCCUUCGUCCAAGGUAUUUCUGGCGCAAAAGUACAUGAUUCGCGAAGCCAACGUUGCGGGCAAGCCCGUUGUCACUGCCACGCAAAUGCUCGAAAGUAUGGUGACCAACCCGCGUCCUACGCGUGCCGAAUGUUCCGACGUGGCCAACGCCGUUUACGACGGCACCGACGCCGUUAUGCUGUCGGGAGAAACCGCCAACGGUCCACAUUUUGAAAAGGCCGUGCUGGUCAUGGCGCGUACGUGUUGCGAAGCCGAGUCGUCCCGCAACUACAACCUGUUGUUCCAGUCGGUCCGCAACUCAAUCGUCAUUGCGCGCGGUGGCUUGUCUACCGGGGAAUCCAUGGCCAGCAGUGCCGUCAAGUCGGCCCUCGACAUUGAAGCCAAGUUGAUUGUGGUCAUGAGUGAAACGGGCAAGAUGGGCAACUACGUGGCCAAAUUUCGUCCGGGCUUGAGUGUCCUGUGCAUGACCCCCAACGAAACGGCCGCGCGGCAGGCUAGUGGAUUGCUGUUGGGCAUGCACACGGUCGUGGUGGAUUCGUUGGAAAAAUCGGAAGAGUUGGUGGAAGAACUCAAUUACGAAUUGGUGCAAUCCAACUUUCUCAAACCCGGCGACAAGAUGGUUGUCAUUGCCGGACGCAUGGCCGGCAUGAAGGAACAGUUGCGCAUUGUGACGUUGGACGAGGGGAAGUCGUAUGGUCACAUUGUCUCCGGCACGAGCUUCUUCUUUGAACGCACACGUCUGUUGGACUUUAACGACUAA